CCCCUCCGGUUCCUUUGCUGCAGGAGCAGCCGGUGCAUGGGCAGUGCACGGGCACCGCAGGAGCACGCUGCGCACCGCGGGACCGCAAGCAACCCCUCGGAACGGAGGAUGAGCCGGGAGCUCCGGUGCAGGGAGCGGCACGCCGCCACCGAACCCGUCCCGCCGCGGCGCUGAGGACCACCGGCAGUGCCGAGGAGCCCCGUCGGGGUCCCGCCGUGCCCCCCGCGGGCAACACGCGGGCGGGUGGGUGCCCCCGGCAUGGAGGGCCGUGACUUUGCACCCCCGCCACCGCGGCUGCUGUCGGAGCGGGGCACCCUGGGCCACCGGCACGGCGCGGGACGCGUGGCGGCUUCGGCACACGGUGCCGCCGUGCAGCCCCCCGGACACUUCCAGCCCACCAAGUAUUUCCCCGCACCCAUCUCCAUGGCCACGCACACAGCUGGCAGCAGCCUGAUGGGGAGUGCUCCCACCUCCUCCUUCAUGGGGGGCUUCCUGAGCAGCAGUCUGGGCUCGGGGGGGCCCAGCCACCCUGCCGGCCCCACUGCCUCCCCCCCGGAGCCUGCAUUCCGCGCACCCCACUCCAGCACCUCCCAGAUCUGGUUCUCACACUCCCACGAAGCCCCAGGGUACCCCCGCUUCUCUGGGAGCUUGGCCUCCACCUUCCUGCCCAUGAGCCACCUGGACCACCAUGGCAACAGCAACGUCCUCUACAGCCAGCACCGCUUCUACGACAGCCAGAAAGAUAACUUCUACCUGCGCAACCUUCCCGCCCAGCCCGCCCUGCUCCCCACCGGCCACGGCUUCCCCGGCAUCGCCCGCGCUGCCCCCGGGCCCCCCGCCAGCUCCUGCAGCCGGGAGCAGCGGGAUGCUGGGGGACCCCUGCCCAAGACCCCCAAGGACUUCGAACGCUUCCUGGCGGGCAAGGAGAAGGUGGGCAAAGGGGGGGACCCCAAGGAGCGACCGCACGAGGACGACCCUAAGGAACGGCACAAGGCGGUGCUGCCGGUGCCGCCGGAGGGACACUGCAAGGAGGGGCUGCCCCCCCGGGGGUCUGCCGAGGGUCGCCCAAAGCACUUGGCCUCCUGCCUGCUGGGUGCCAAGGGGCUGGACGGUGACGCCGGCCGUGCCGUCCUGCCCAGCUGUGCCGGCAGCGCCCUGCCCCGCGCCGGUCGCUGCAGCGCCAAGGAACCGUGCCGGGGCGAGCGGGAGCCGGGGGGGCCAGAAGUGACCCCCCAACCCUACGGCGAGUGCCUGGAGCGGCGGCAGAUGCUGCACCACGCCGUCUCCUAUGCCGUGCCCGCUGGACCGGCACCCCUGGGCCCCGCUGCUGGCUCCUUCCCCUGCCUGCAGCUCCACGCCGGUGCCGAGGUGCUGUGCCCGCUGCCGGAGCCGAAGCUGAGCGGGGCCACGCUGGUGCCCUCGGUGGGGCACCUGACGGACAAGAGCCGCUCCUUCCAGGAGCCCGCUGAGGGCAAGGAGCGGCACGCCGAGGUGGGGGCCGAGCCCCCGGCCGCUUACGGUGGCCACUUCCACCACUCGCUGAAGGCAGAGGGCCCGGCGGAGCGGCGGCUGGACUGGGGGGGUCCUGGCACCCGUCUGAAGGGGCUGGAGUACCUGGGUGGGGGGUCAACCGAGGGUCCCCCCUUUGCCAGCCGGGCUCCAGCGCCCAAGGCUGCUCUGGACAAGGGCUACUUCGAGGUGCCACCAGCGCCCAACUGCUCACGGGUCGGCCCCUCCUGCUGCACUUUAGAGAAGGGUCCCCCCAAAGACACCCCCUCCGGUGGCUCCCAGAAGGUGGCACGGAUCCGGCACCAGCAGCACCCCGAGGUGGAGGCGGCCGGUGCCGAGGGAAAGCGCAAACCCCUGGAGCUGAGCACCUUGGGCUAUGGGGGGCCCCCCCUGCCCCCUUGGGGGGUGCAGGGCCAGGGGCCCCCCUUAAGCGUGGCAGAGGAGAGGAAGGGGCCAUACCUGGACCCCUUCGGUGCCGGUCUGCAGCCGGCGACAUUGAUACCCCAAGGUCCAGUGUUGGGCCAGGAGGUGCCGGCGGCCACCGAUGAGGUGUCGGCCAUGAAGAACCUUCUGAAGUACAGCAACCAGGCACUGCUGGGGGGGCAGAAGGGCCCCCCCUUCGUGGGGCUGGGGGGGGUGAAGGGCAGCUGCGCCCACCAGGACUCCAAAUUCCCUUCGGGAAAAGGACAACCGGAGCUGGAGCGGCCGGACUGUGCCCGUGGCCGGGAGCACGAGGGGUUGGGCACCGGUGAGGGCGAGGUGCGGCAGCCGCCCGUGGGCAUCGCGGUGGCCGUGGCGCGGCAGAAGGACACGCUGGGACGUCCCGAAAACUAUGGUGGCAGCAGCGGUGGGUCAGGGCGGCCGGGACGAGCGGCUCCUGGAAUCAAAGCGGGCACAGCGCGGCCCAUGCACCUGAUGGAGCUGGAGGCAGAGGAGGAGCGGGGACGGCUCUGUGAGGAGCGCCUGGGGCUGCCAGGGAGAGACAUCCUGCUCCAGGACAACAAGGACCUGGUGGAGUUUGCCCGAAUGCAUCCAUCAGGGGGGUGUCCUGGGGAGCUGACCCCCCACCUGGUGAUGGCUGGGGGCUCAUCGCUGCCAGCAGGGCAGCUCGGGGGGGACCCCGCUGCCCACCCCCACCCUGCACACCCGCACUGGCUGCCCCGCACCCGCAGCCCCUCCAUCUGGAUGGGGGGACACUCCUACGGCAUCGGCCACCCCGCACUGCACCAGAACCUGCCGCCCGCCUUCCCCCCCUCCAUGCCCAGCACCAUGCAGCCCGUCUUCCCCCUCUCCCAGGACCCCCCGGCCCAGCUCGUCAUCCUGCCCACAGAGCCCCCUGCCCACGGCACCCCCCACACACUGGCUGAGGUGAUGGACCAGGCAUCGCUGUGGCCCCCCAUGUACCCGGGCCGGGGUCCCGGCGCCCACCUGCAGCACACGGGGCAGCUGCCCGUGUACCCCCGCUCCCAGUUCCUGCGGCAGCAAGAGCUCUACGCCCUGCAGCAGCAGCAGCAGCAGCAGCAGCACCAACGGGCAGCCCAGGCCCUCGAGAUCCAGCGCCAGGCACACGUCCAGCGGAAGCCGGAGGAGCUGCCCCUGGAGCUGGAGGAGGGGGGUCCUGACAAGCCCCUCAAACCCUCCCACAAAGCAGUUGCCUUAAACCCUCCGGCCAAGGGCCUGUCCCCGGUGGCCCCUGGCCCCCCCAAGCUGUCCCCUUGCUGCCACUCCCCAGCCCUGCGCCCCCCGGCCAAGUGCCCCGUGGCCCUUCCUGCCGCCCCCUGUCCCUUCCCCGUCUGCCCCGCCACCAGCUCUGCCGUGGCCCCCCACUCCCCUGCCGGCAGCCCCCUGCCCACCCCCAGCAAAGGCAGUGACAGCGAGGAUGCACGGGGUGAGGGACAGCCACCCCGCCUCUACCCCAAGUCCCUGGAGCCAGACCUGCCCCCCGGUUACAGCUUCCCCGCCGCCGGUAUCGGCUUCUCGGAGGCUCAUUCAGCCGAACCCGCUGACCCCGACACGCUGCACGCCGGCUCCCCCCCGGCUGAGCCCGAGCAGUCUCGCACCUUCAGCCCCACCACUGAGGGGCUGCGGGAGCCGGGGACCCCCCAGGAGCCCCCAGCUGAGAAGGCCAUGGCUGAGGGUCCUGGGGUGCUGCUGCACCGGCACCACUUGCUCCUGGCCCCGGGACUACCUCCGGCUGCAGGGGACACCGAGGAGCAACCACCAGAGCUGAGCCCCCUGGAGCAGCAGCAUCCACUGCCUGCAGCAGGGGCUUCUCCACUGCCCCCUGCCCCGGAGGAGGAAGAGGAGGAGGGCGAGAGCGAAGUCUCCGAGCUGGAGGGCAGCUGCGAGGAGGAGGAUGGCGAUGCUGGGCAGCCAGGCUGCCCGGGUGGGCUGGAUGCCCUGAUCGCUGCUGGCAUCGACCUGGGGGAGCUGCCAGCUCUGGAGUCACCUGGGGAGCCACCCCCUGCCCCUCCAUCGCCUGCCCCCCACCCCUCAGGGAUCCCUGGCAUCGCCCUGCUCAGUGAGCUCGCUGACCUGGAGCUGCGCCGGCGCCGCUGCGACCUGGCCAUGGAGGGGCAGGACGAACCCGAGGACCUCCUGGCCUUCAACCUGCAGAACCUGGCCACGGUGGCAGCCGCCUGGUCGCUGGUGGAAGCAGCGGGGCGGGAGAGCAGCCCCCCAGCCCUCAGUCCCCUGCCUGCCUCCCCCCCACCCCGCACCCGCGUCCCCCGGCGCAAGUACACCUGGACACCCAAGACCAAGGCUGUUUGUCCCUUGAAGGCGGCCAUCGAGCAGCUCAACACGCAGGAGGUGGAGGUGCGGAUGCGGCUGGCUGAGCUCCAGCGCCGCUACAAGGAGAAGCAGCGGGAGCUGGUGAAGCUGCAGAGGCGCCACGACCACGAGCGUGAUGAGAGCUGCCGGAGCCCGGCGCGGCGUGGGCCGGGGCGGCCGAGGAAGCGCAAACACUCCAGCACGCUGGGCAGGGCUGACAGCCGCAAGGUCAAGGCAGUGAAGACCAGCCUGUCCCUGCUGUGUGCCGAGCUGCGGGGAGACCCUGAGCACAAGAAGAAGAGGAGCAAGCUGGCCGAGGCAGCUUUUGGUGGUCUUAAGGGCUCCUCGGAGAAGGUGCGGUGCAAGAAGAGCGGGUCGCAGGGCAAGCUGGCCUGCAAGGUGGCCCACAAGGUGGCCCAGCUGAAGCAGAAGGUGAAGAGCAAAGGACUCCCUGCUGGCAUCAGCCCCUUCCGACGGAAAGACCCCAACCCCAGUGGCCGCAUCCAGAAGAAGCUAUCACGGCCCAAGAGCUCCAAGGCAAACAAGUACCAACCACAGGACCCCGACCCCCGGCAGCUGGGGGGCUUCAAAGAUGAACCCGAUGGGGACAUGGACAGCGAGGAGGGUGAGGAGGGGCCGGGUCUGUCCCUGCUGCCUCCGGUGCCGGUGGCUGUGCUGGGACCCUCCCCGUCCUCUGUGGUGAAGAUGGAGGCCAAUGAGAAGGCCAAGAAGAAGAAGGAGAGGCAGGGACUGCUCGGUCCCUGCCGCCUGGGCAGCCCCGAGGGGGAGGUGAAGAUCAAGCGGCGGCCGGUGAAGCCGGGGACGGGCAAACUGGAGAAGGUGCCCACACGGAGGAAGGCAAGCGGCUGCCCAGAGGGUGGCAAGAAGAAGCUGAAGACCAAGGGCAAGGAGAGCCUCCGGCCACUGGCCCCCAGUGGUCCCAGCACCCCAGGCCCCCCUGGUGGGCCCUUUUCCUCCCCAGACCCCCGGCACUGCGGGCCAAGGGAGGAGGGGGCUCGGCUGGCCAGCGAGAGGCUGAAGAAGGCAACACGCAAGAGCAAGGUGCUGCAGGCAGCCCUGAGGCGGAAGAACGGGGCCCUCUCGCUCACCCUCUCCCCCCGGAGUGCCAAGACCAUCCUGAGCAAGGGCAAGAAGUUGGCCAAGGUGAAGAGCAAAGUGGCCAGCAAGCAGUGCAAGGGCCGGGCAGUCAGCAAGCUGCUGGAGAGCUUCGCCGUGGAGGAUGACUUUGAUUUCGACGACAACAGCAGCUUCUCGGAGGAGGAAGAAGAGGAGGAAGAGGAGGAAGAGGAGGAGGAAGAGGAGGAGGAGGAGGAAGAGGAGGCAGGGGGCUGCCUGGCAGGGGGGGCUGGGCGGGGGGGUCGCCGCUCCCCCCUGCCCCAUGCCUGUGCCAUCCAGAAGGAGGAUCUGCGGGAUGGGCUGCACGUCCUCAUCCCCAAGGAGGACAGUCUGCUCUACGCCGGCAGCGUCCGCUCCGUCCAGCCCCCCGACAUUUACAGCAUCAUCAUCGAGGGUGAGCGGGGCAACCGGCAACGGAUCUACUCCCAGGAACAGCUGCUGCAGGAGGCGGUCCUGGACGUGAGGCCACAGUCACGUCGCAGCCUUCCCCCCGGCACCCGCGUCUGCGCCUACUGGAGCCAGAAAUCCCGGUGCCUCUAUCCUGGGAACGUGGUGCGAGGCUCCUCCAGUGACGAGGAGGAGGAGGACCCCGAGGCAGUGACCGUGGAGUUCGAUGAUGGGGACAUGGGGCACAUCGCGGUCUCCAACAUCCGCCUGCUGCCCCCCGACUUCAAGAUCCAGUGCACCGAGCCCUCCCCAGCGCUGCUGGUCUCCAGCUCCUGCCGGCGGACGAAGCGAUCGUGUGGUGAUGGGACUCCCCCUGGGGAGCUGCCCCCCAGCCUCUGCCCAGACCCCCGGGACAGCCCCCAGCCCCCCCGCAGCCUGGGCAGGAAGGCAGCUGGCAAGGAGAAGAGUGGCAAAGCCGCAGAGGUGCUGUCGGGCAACAAAGCACCAGGGCUGAGCGAGCCCUUCCCGGGCCGGCGCGGGGGCCCGGUGCUGAGCUGGUCGGCCGUGGCGCAGGCCAAGCGGAAGGCGUCGAGCAAAAGCACGGCCAUGCUCCAGAACCUCUUCCAGGUCAACGGCAGCGCCAAGAAGCUGCGGGCCAAGGAGGCCACCAUCUUCCCCGUCCAUCAUCACCACCACCACCACCACCUUGCCACCCCCGUCUUCGGCAAUGGCUUCGGAGCCGACUCCUUCAGCCGCAUCGCCAGCUCCUACGCCUCCUUUGGGGCCGGGGCCGGGCUGGUGCUGCCGGCAGCCCAGAAACUCCUGCGGUCCAAAAAAGCCGAGAGGUUGGAGGCAGAAAUGGGCAAAAGCAGCCGGAGGAAGGCUGGCAGCGAGUACCUGGUGAAGCUGGACCAUGAAGGGGUGACAUCCCCCAAGAACAAGAACUGCAAGGCCCUGCUGCUGGCUGAGAAGGAUUUUGGGGCCAAGUUGGAGCGGCCGCUGUCCAGCCACGGCUACGGACACGCGGCGCUGGCCGGCAAGGAUCGGAAGGGCCGGGCGCCCAUGCACCAGCUGCCAGUGGGGCUGGCGCUGCGGAAAUACUCCAGCCAGGCCGAGUUCAGCCUCAACUGCGACAGCGACUGUCACAGCUCCUACUCGGACAUGGACGAGGACGAGGAGGCGGGCGGGCUGGGCACCGAGGUGCCCUCGCGCUUCAUCACCCGCCUCUCGGUUUCCUCCUCGUCCUCCGGCUCUUCCACUUCCUCCAGCUCCGGCUCCGGCUCCACCUCCAGCCUCUGCUCCUCCGACAACGAGGAUUCCUCCUACAGCUCGGAGGACGAGGACUCGGCGCUGCUGCUCCAGACCUGCCUCUCGCACCCGGUGCCGGCGCUGCUGGCGCAGCCGGACGCCCUGCGCUCCAAGGGCGGCACCGCGCAGCGCUGCUUCCUCACCAAGGCUGCCGGCACCGCCGGCCCCAAGGCCAAGCUCAAGCGCAGGGAGGCCCUCAGCUUCUCCAAAGCCAAAGAGUUCUCCCGGAGGCAGCGCCUGCCCUCGGUGGAAAACCGGCCAAAGAUCUCUGCCUUCCUGCCCGCCCGCCAGCUCUGGAGGUGGUCGGGGAACCCCACACAGCGUCGGGGCAUGAAGGGGAAGGCUCGGAAGCUGUUCUACAAGGCGAUCGUGCGGGGCAAGGAGACGCUGCGUGUGGGGGACUGUGCCGUCUUCCUCUCGGCGGGGAGGCCCAACCUGCCCUACAUCGGCCGCAUCGAGAGCAUGUGGGAGUCCUGGGGCAGCAACAUGGUGGUCAAGGUCAAGUGGUUCUACCACCCCGAGGAGACCAAGCUGGGCAAGCGGCAGAGCGACGGCAAGGUGAGGGGUGGGCUGGGGAGGAUGGGGUGGGAGGGGGGUGAGGUGGCAGUGAAGGGGUUGCUGGUGUGUGUGUGUGUGUCACAUACUCCCCCCCGGCAGAACGCCCUGUACCAGUCGUGCCAUGAGGACGAGAACGACGUGCAGACCAUCUCCCACAAGUGCCAGGUGGUGGGACGGGAGCACUACGAGCAGAUGACCCGCAGCAAGAGGUACCAGGACCGCCAGGACCUCUACUACUUGGCGGGCACCUACGACCCCACCACCGGCCGGCUGGUGACUGCCGAGGGGGUGCCCAUCCUCUGCUGACCCCCACCCUGGGGACAAGGAGGGGGUGUCCAUCCUCUGCUGACCCCCACCCCGGGGACAAGGAGGGGGUGUCCAUCCUCUGCUGACCCCCCACCCCUGGGAAUGGGGAGGGGGAGAGGGCCAGGCACCCCCCCCCCCUGCCAUGGGGCUCCUUCCUGGGGGU